CUUAACAUUUCAUAAGAUAAACUCAGCUGGCUGCCUCUGUUUGGUGAUGUCAUCAGUUGCAAAGAUAACUUAUAUGUCAUGACGUUUUUGCUUUUAAUAUCAAGUGUUGUCAAUUUCCCCCGCCUACUCACUGUUAAAACAUUUAGUUUUCGGGUUAAUCUCUAUCCCAUAAAGAAGUUAACCGAGGCCGUUUUCGGUCAAGUGUCGUCACUCACACCUGUCAGCCAAUCAGAGGCAGCACGAGGUCUACUUAUAUCCCCCCGCAGAGGACAGGAGGCUGUUUAAACUGCUGCAGCUUCACCACUCAGGACAGUCGGACCAGACACUGCAACAUGACCAGGAAACUGCACGAUACCACAGUGGAGGAGGGCAAGAGUCGAAAAAGAGUGCUGAAACCAGUUGUGGAGAAGAAGCGGAGAGAUCGAAUAAACCAAAGUCUGGCUGAGCUGAGGAGUCUGCUGUUGAAUAACACGUCUGAUCCACGUCUGCAGAAUCCUAAAAUAGAGAAAGCAGAGAUUCUUGACUUGGCUGUGGAGUAUCUUCAGAAGUGGACAGAGGAGAAGAACAAGAGAAAAGACACUGCUCCUAUGGUCAACCUUCAUCAGUCCAGUGCUCCUGCUCUCCUCACCAUGCAGGGUGCAGGGUUUCAGCAGUGUGUCACCCAGCUGACCAGCUACAUGCACAAGAUAACCCCAACGCAGAGAAUGAGCCUGAUUGAGGGCCUGAAACGUCACACUGAGAGCCAGCAUCCGAAACCAGACUUCAACCCGAGAACGACUGAGAUGGAGGCGGCGAAACCACCACAUGCAACAUCCGUGGACACCAUUUGCACAUCUGAGAGGACAAAGGAGAGGUUCCCAUCUCUCUCCCCGUUCCAGCCACACUCCUGCUCCACACCGUGCCACGACUAUCUGUCCCCCCCUCCCUCCCCCUGGCUCUCUCCCUCCUUCUCCACAUAUGCCACCUCUCCCCCUUUCCCGUCAUUCGCCUCUCACUUCUCCUUCCCCCCCAGCCUGUCACCUCUGUCCUCCAACACCUCCUUCUUCAGCUUCCCAUCCACCAUUCCUCACUCCAGCCCUCCUGCCCUUCACUGCCCCCCUCUCACCUCCCCUCCACACGCCUCACCCAGAGAGGGGUCAGCACCAAACGCCUCCUCACCCAUGUGGAGGCCAUGGUUUUGAUGCAGGACUGACAGACAGUGAACAGCAGAGCCACCUAGUGUCAACUAGCUGCAACCAGCUGUGGAGAGGAUGGAAAAACUCCCCCAGCUGGGAAUGUAAAGUGUACAUAUGAUUAA